AUGGAAAAGAAAGUUGUAUUUAUUCGACAUGCAGAAUCAGAGUAUAAUUUAGCCUAAAGAAUUGCAAAGAAUUCAGUGACUGAAGUAAAAUUAGAGGAUGAAGAUUAAGAUGUGAAAUACUCAUCUAAAUAUUGUGAUGCUCCAUUAACUAAAUUUGGAAGAGAAUAAGUACUUACCAACAUAGCAUAUUAAACUUACAUAGUGUGAUCCAACUAAAUUUGAAGAUCUCCGAAUUGAAACAGUUGUUGUAAGUCCAUUAAAAAGAGCUGUGGAAACGGCAGUAUUACUCUUUUAAAACCAUCCAAAUAAACCUAAAUUUGUUAUUGAACCAUAUUUGCGUGAAAUGUUUUUAUCUGGAUGUGAUUUUGGAAUUAGAAUACAAGAAACAAUUAAUGAAUAUCCAUUUAUUAAUUAUGAUAGAUUAUUAUCUAAUCCUUAAAUAAAAGAACAUCCAAAUAUGUGGUCCCUUGAAUUUAUAUAUAAUAAAAAUAGCGCAAAUAUUUUGAAAUAAUACAUUAAAGAGACUGAAUAUGGAAGUUAAGCAUGCAUUGAGAAAGUAUUGGAGUAUAUGAAACAACAUCCAAUUUAAGUUGAGACUUUUGAAGAAAAUACUAAAAGAGUAGAAGAAUGCAAAAAAUAUCUUUAAUUUGAAGAGCCUUUUGUGUGUGUUUCUCAUUCAAGAACUAUACAAACAUUAACAGGCUAAUUUAUUCAUAAUUGUGAUGGUAUUGAAGUUAAUUUAUGA